AUGAGGUUGUGUGUAUCUUUGGCGUUCAUCUGCAUCUUGCUGCCAGCAGUGUCUGGGCUAAGGUGUUUCACCUGCUGGGGGGCAAACCCCGGCACCUGCGAUCAGAUAUGGUCCUGUCCUCACCAUUUUGACCGCUGUGCCACCACCAUUGUUGCUGAAAAUCUGAUCACCAAACAAUGCAUGAGAAGUGAUAUGUGCGAUAGAAUUUAUUCCAAUGGUGUCAGAUGCUGUGCUGAAGACAUGUGUAACGGAGCAAAACACACCAGAGUCUUUCUCCCUCUCCUUCUGGCACCCUUAGCCAUCAUUAAAAUCUUCAUCUGA